GUAGAUAAAGCUAACUGGUCAGAGUAAGGGUAAGGUUUGGGGUCUGGUUAAAGUAACGAGAAACACACAGAACGGGGAAACCGCCUUCAUUGUUCCCAGAAUCUACUCCCAAGGCUGGAAACGUAACGCUAAUUUACGAUGCUCCCUUUAAGUCCUUAACCAGGGCAAAAUAACUGUACGUUCAUAGUUUGUUACGUCAUUUUUGUGCGACAGGCCUCAAUGUACACUACAGCGCAGUUCUGCAGACAGAAGGUGGAAGCGGGUGAGUCGCCGCUGAUAGCCAUGGUAUCAUAAUCUUUGAACAAUAAUAACAACAAACUUGAUUAAUAAGGAUCGCUAGCACAUAUAUUCUGCAGAGCCACAGUGUUUGCAAGAGUACACCUUUGAGCGAGUGGCGUUCUUAGUUUAAAAGCUAGCAGGCUAAUGUUUUUGAGCGGAGCCAGGCCCAGCGACAAGUCUGAUAUCAGAGUUGUCUACAGUGCUUUUGUCAGCGACGUCAGCUAAACGGCUAAUGGGACACAUGUAACUGAUGACACUUCACUCGUUGCUCUGGCAUAUUCCAGCAGCAAAAGUUGCAUAAUUUAUACAGUUAUUUCAAAAUUUCGACUGUUUCAGUGGCUCAUUGAACGUUAUAUUAGCCUGUAAACGUUAGCUAGCUGAAUUAAAGCUAACGUUGGCUAAUUACUUUAAAAGCAUGACUUCCAGGAGGACAGGCUAUGCUGGUAGCAUGGAUUCCUCUCCAUCAAAUGGCGGCAGCAGCUUAGUCCAUAGUGGAAAUCGUAAGCAAAGUAUAAUCAACAUUCCUGACAGGAGCGUGGCAGAGUCCUGUUACGAUCGGAAAUCAGACAAGGCUGGAUACGGAGCAGCGCAGGGCAGCAUGACUGUAACGUCGCUGAAAUCACGUCUCGCCCCGACCAUUCAAACUGCCAUGUCCGCUGCAGUGGACACUCUGCUAGGCGAAGUGGUGCUUGUGCUCAAUGAGACUCAACAAGAGCUGCUACACAAGGAGCAGGAGAAUGAAAGACUCAAAGUGCGUCUAGAAGUGUCAGAGAGGGAGUUGAAGACUUUACAGGAGUGUUUGUGUAGUGCUCAGAAGCUCAUAGAUCAGCUUCAGAUCUCAUACACAGGCUCUCAGACAAUUAGUCAGUCGGUUUUUGCCCCAUCGCUGUCUUCCAUGGCUUCAAUGACUUCAAACUUGGACAGGGACCACCAGAAUCCCCGAAAUGUGAAUGGUGCCGGUGUUGACUUGGGACUUGGUGGCACUGUGGAUGAUUCACUUCAUGGGUUUGAGCCAAGAGAGGACUACAAAAUGUGCCAACUUUCAAUCCAACCAGAUGGCUCUGUUACUGACCACGCUCUGGACACAUUUGCAUCCAGCACAUCUCACAUGUGCUCAGAUUCCAGCAGACCAGAUGAGAGGCAGUCUCAGGGACCUGGUGGAGCCUCCAGGUUUGAGAUUAAAGAGGAGCAGGGAUCAGCUUCAGGCUCUGGUCAGCCAGGCAGGAAAGAGCCUGGGUUGCAUAGUGACAGUAGAGUCGGGGAGGGAGAACGAUCAUCCCACACCGUGGGUGACCUGGGAUACGUUCAAGUUGGGGAAGGAGAAUCCCAACGUUCCUUUACUCACCCUCUGCGUCACCAAAGACCUGGGCGAGAAUGCAGCAGUGUUUUGCAGCAGGGUGGACUUGAUGGUCAGAAACCCUUGGGGAGGACAUCUGGAGCCGGGAGAGGAGACAGUGUUUCACCGGGCAGAGCAGACGACUUGGCAGGACCUUCGGCCUCAGACACAGCAGGAGAUCCCUCUGGAGAUCGGCCUCACCACUGCUUGGAGUGCGGAAAGACUUUCCGCCUGAUCUCCAGCUUGAAGAAGCACAUCCGCAUUCACACAGGAGAGAAGCCCUACCCGUGUGGAGUCUGUGGCCGUCGCUUCCGUGAGUCGGGGGCCCUUAAAACCCACCUGCGCAUACACACGGGUGAAAAGCCAUACUCUUGUUCUGAGUGUGGAAACUGUUUCCGCCACUUGGAUGGUUUGCGCAAACAUAGGCGCACACACACCGGAGAGAAACCUUAUGUGUGUUCCAUCUGUGGGAAGCGCCUGAGCCGCUUGCAGCAUCUCAAACACCACCAGCUCAUCCACACUGGUGAGAGGCCGUGCUGCUGCCCAUUCUGCAACCGCAGCUUCAAGGAGCCAGCAGCGCUGAGGAAACACAUCCGCACACACCGAGAGGAAGGGGGUCACAUGGGAAUUGGUGCCACUGAUGACACAGAUCCAGAUGCCUUGGAUGACAUUAACAACCUCCAUCCAGCGGCUCCGUCCCCUCAGAUGAGGUUUGGGGAGUGGGGACCAGAGGAGGAUGAGAGCUCAGCUGUGGACUGUGUUUAGGGGGUGGUUACAGGAGAAACUGUCUGUAGGUAAUCGUCCUAUGAAACAGCUGAUAAAGGGUGUUUGUGUAGUUCAACAUGAUGGAUAAGCUCUGCUGUGUUCUACGCUGUUAGAAUGAGCAAUCAAGCUACAUAUGACUCUCUAGUCAUGGAGUUGUGUUAAUUUUACACUCUUAGAUGUAAAGACAACAAAAAAAAUCUGUACAUUCUUUAACUACAAGUAUUAGUUUUUUUUCUGACAUUCCUCCAGCAGCAGCACACUAGUUGUUCUCGGCACAGGGAGCCACUGCUUUGCCACUGCUUUGCCACCUUUCUGGCAGUAAUUUGGGAAAAUGAAUGGCAGAAGUGGACAAGAGCUGUUUAUAAGUGCCUUGAACACUCACUCAACCGUCAGCUGAGUCGCUGUUGCUGCUGCUGCUGUCUCGUUUCCUUACCACCUGGAUAUGAGCCAGGACAAACGGUGGCUUCUGGUCUCGAGUUUCUAAAAGUUUUUGCCAACACACUAGGCUGCUUGAACACAGUAAAUACAUGCAUAGGGCUGGUUCAUGCUUCAUGUGCAUCAUGAAUCAUAUACUGUACAUUGUUGUGUUGUCAAAAACCUUGAUUGUAAGAUUAGGAAUGUAAACUAUGGCCAUUUUGUAUUAAUCAAAAUCCCAAUCUCCUGUCAUGAUAUUGAGGUUAUAUGCUCUCCCAGCUCUGCAUCUUAUUUAUUUUAACCUUUAUUUAUUCAGAGCAGUUUUACUGAGAAACAGUUUUUUUUUUUUUUCUAGGAACGCUCUGAUCAUCAUUUACAACCGCAGUCUGACCUGCUGGUCACCGAGCAGCUCUUCUGGAGUGGUUUGGGUGAAGGGCCUUGCUUAAGGGCACCACAGUGGUGCCAGUGAGAUCGGGGCAAGCACUACUCCUGUGUCACUGGUCCCACUCAGAUUUAAUCCUGCUGGUCCAGGCAUUGAACCUAACAUUUAGCCCAACACUGCUCCUUAUAAUGACUGCUCAUGUUCUUGGCAUUUUUUUUUAGUUGACUUGUCAUCUACUUUCUUUGAUAAUUAAGAUAAAAGAAGUCAGUUUCUCAAAUCAUUGUCCUACUGUAGGUGGAUGUAGUCCCAUUAUCAGGAUAAUUUAAAGUCAGAUAAUAAUUCAAUCAUUCAAUAAUUUUGAUUCUUAUCAGACUAUUUGUAAUCUACAAAACUAAAAUAUUUUGGCUACAUUUACACUGUUGUGUGUGUUUCUUCAUGAAGCAUGAACCAGUGUUGGUGCCCAUUCUCCACUUCUGCUUUGGUCUGUCUCGCUCCGCUUUUCAUCAGGUGCAGUUUCUUUGCAUCAGCAUGUACCCAGAACAAUGACUAACACCGUUUUACUCUUUCUCUUGUCUGUUUAUCAUUUCUCUCUCCCACCGACCAUAUCUUAGCACUUGUGUUCUCCCCCGUUCAAGCUGCUACAUCUAGAAAGCCUUUUCCUUUUCUGGAUUGGUAUUAUUGUUACUAGCGGACAGACUUUGGUGCUUGCAUGUUCAUAUCUGUAGCUCUGCUGGUGACGACGCCUUCGGGCUGUUUCUGUAAAUAACAGUGGUUAUAGCCAUUUUAUCUGGUUGAAUAAUAAGGAUUAACCUUUGUGGAAAAGUCAGUGUGCCACAAUGAUAUUUUUUUUUAUAUAUAAUGUGCUUUGAAACCAUCGGUAUGCUACCACACAGUGUAAAUAAUGUAUUACAUUUCAUCCUGGUGUUUGUCCUGAUUCUCUGACAUGAUGCGUCGGGUUUAACAGCAGAGCAUUCAUCUUCUCAGUCUCUCCAGCUAUACUCUCUGCUGACAUUUACCGUGUAUACUACUAUAAUGAUCUCUAUGUACAUUUACAAAUGUAAGUCAUUUUAAAGGGCACUCAAAAUGUUGACGGUCUGUCACCAUAUAGCCAGAAUACAAUUUGCCAAGGUAGUUUUUAGCCCGGAUAAUCAUAUUUAUUGUUUUGUUUUUUACAGCAGGGCCUUUGCAUGUAGGUUUAAAUUGAAAUGACAUUCCUCCUUAAAAGGUCAGCAUUAAUGUGAAAUUAAUUCUUUUUUUUUAUGCCUCUGUGUUCAAAAUGUAUCCCUCACAUUAUUCCUGUUACUGUAAAUGUCGCUAUAUUAAAGGGCAUU